AUGGGCCAGCAGCUGGACGACGAGCUUAAUGUCUACAGACGUAUCCAAGGGGCUUCGCGAAAUCAUCCUGGGCGUAGGUAUGUUCGAUCACUGCUGGACAGUUUUGAUAUCAGCGGACCUGAAGAUGAACAUCGAUGUCUUGUGCAUCCGCCGCUCUGGGAGAGUGUGUUGGAUUUUCUACAUCGUAACCCAGUGCGAAGACUGCCUCCGCCCAUCGUAGCAGUUACUCUUCACCGUCUAUUUCUUGCGUUAGAUUAUUUGCAUAGCGAGUGCAAGAUCAUCCAUACUGAUAUCAAAGCUGAUAACCUCAUGUUCGGCAUCGACGAUGAUUCCGUUUUCCAUGAUUUCGAAGAGAACGAACUCCGGCACCCCUGUCCACGAAAGGAACUUGAUGGAAGGACAAUCUAUACCUCCCGCGAACUCAAGAUGCCUAAAGACAUAGGCGCGCCUGUUCUCUGCGAUUUUGGCUCGGCCGUGUUCGGAGAUGAAGAGCACUCAGAAGAUAUUCAACCUAAUAUCUAUCGAGCACCCGAAGUGAUUUUACAAGUUCCGUGGACCUAUAGCGUUGAUAUCUGGAAUGCCGGAUGUGUGGUAAGUAAUUCGAUAUCCCUGAUGUAA